AUGUCUGAACUAUUUUUUGAAGACCAGGAAUCGAAGACAGUCCCCUACUACCACGACCGCCCUCCACAAUACGACUCAUGCCAGUCAAGCCAAGAUGUACUCACCACUGUCAUUGAAAACGAGCGCACUUGCCGAAUCUUAAUCCAACGGCUUAAUAGCCUUGGGACAGAGAUGGCCGAUGUGGCAGAGAAUAGUGAUAAACCCACCGAUAGUGAUCACCUUCUACGAGCGGAGUUACUUCUAGAGAUGAGUCGGCUAUUUGCCGAGGGGUCGCAUAUUUCUAGAGAGCUAGCAGACAUUUACAAAGAACGGCCCGGUCCGAAUAGCGAACUCUAUGUCGCGAUGUCAAGACUCACUUUUAGCGAGUUCGACCGGACGUAUGCUUCUUUAAGGCGGAAUGCCAAUAGGCAGAUACAAGACGAGCUGGGUCAGGACCAUACGGACCGCACCGACUGCUCUGAGAGUGAGUUUGAAUACAAUUCUCAAUGCACUUCAGAGAUGAAUGAAAGAGAGGGAACCGGGGAUCUCACACACGACCCUCCGUGCUCAUGUGAUCGGUUCUUGGAGCUCUCGGCAAAGGUGGAUGAAAUUCAUGAUAAACUUGGCCAAAGCCUUCAAUCCCAUGAAACGGCCAAUGUUUCAGAGACCAUCCAUGAUACUCCCGCAAAGCGACCUAGGAGCUUUUGGAGGCGAAUUAUGAAACAUCCACUUUAG